CCAGGGUUCGGUUGACGAACAAGAUCGGCAGCCGUCGAUGCUUCUGAGCGGUGACUUCAGGCCUGAAGGCUGACUCCGGCCCGGCCUGGCGGCCUGGUAUUCAGCCUCCCGUUCGAUUUCGGAUCGUGAGCAGAGAGGUGCCCAGAGGCCAGGUGAGUGACAUUGGCUACCAUGGCGUCAGAUUCUGGAGUGACCAAUCCCAGCUGUCGGAUAAUGACGUUUUAUCCUACGAUGGAAGAGUUCAAAAAUUUCAGUCGGUACAUUGCAUAUAUAGAGUCACAAGGAGCCCACCGCGCUGGGCUUGCAAAGGUUGUUCCACCUAAAGAAUGGAAGCCUUGUAAGAGUUAUGAUGAAAUUGAUGAUCUGGUGAUUCCAGCCCCAAUUCAACAGGUGGUGACAGGCCAGUCAGGCCUCUUCACACAAUACAACAUCCAGAAGAAGCCUACCACUGUACGCGAGUUCCGCAAAAUUGCUAACAGUGAUAAAUACUGCACCCCUCGCUAUUCAGACUUUGAUGAUCUGGAGCGCAAGUAUUGGAAAAAUCUCACAUUUAAUGCACCAAUCUAUGGUGCAGAUGUCAAUGGUACAUUGUACGAUGAGGGUGUGACUGAAUGGAACAUUGGGCAUUUGAACACCAUCUUGGAUGUGGUAGAAAAAGAGAGUGGUAUCACAAUUGAAGGUGUCAAUACACCGUACCUUUAUUUUGGAAUGUGGAAAACCACGUUUGCUUGGCACACAGAGGACAUGGACCUCUACAGCAUUAACUACCUGCACUUUGGCGAACCCAAGUCUUGGUACACUGUUCCACCAGAGCAUGGAAAGCGAUUGGAACGUCUGGCUAAAGGAUUUUUCCCAGGUAGUGCUCAAAGCUGUGAAGCAUUUCUGCGGCAUAAGAUGACCUUAAUAUCCCCUUCUAUUCUCAAGAAAUAUGGAAUCCCAUUUGAUAGGAUAACUCAAGAGGCAGGCGAAUUUAUGAUCACAUUCCCAUAUGGCUAUCAUGCUGGCUUUAACCAUGGUUUUAACUGUGCUGAAUCAACAAACUUUGCCACAUUAAGAUGGAUAGAGUAUGGGAAACAUGCUGUUCUGUGCUCGUGCCGGAAGGAUAUGGUAAAAAUUUCGAUGGAUGUUUUUGUGCGCAAAUUUCAGCCUGAACGUUACAAGUUAUGGAAAGUAGGAAAAGAUACCAUUUUCAUUGACCACACACGAGCCACUCCAGAAGCAGUUGAAUUUCUUGGUGGAGAAUUAAACUCUGUAGCCUCAAAGAGUUUGAAGGACCAGGAUGCUGAUACUGCUGAAAGGGAAUCGGAUGACAAACUUGAAAAAGAAGUAUCCACGCAGCAGGAUGAUGGUGACGAAAUAAAAAGUCCAAUACAGCAUCGAAUCGGAGCAAAAAGGCACAAAGUUUGUCUUGAGCUGCCGCAAGAAGUGAAUGAAAAUACUGCCAUUCUGAAGGAAAGUGAAGGGAGUAAUCCUGUUCCACAAAGCGAAUCUGGAGACUCUAAGGGAGUAAUGAAAAAGGAUAAGGAAGAAUUUAGUAAAGUGGUGGGUGACAGUGCUGAUCUAGGUGUUCAAGAAUCAGCUCCAGCACAAGUUGAGCCACACGUUGAAAAUGCUCCACGGGAAGAGAAGCUUACGUUGAAGCGAACCAUGUCCAGCUCAGUAGACACGCCUGUUACUGUGUUAAACUUCUCUGUGACCACUCCAUCCCAAAAUACUCCUAGCCCACUUGUAAAAUCAUUUGAAUCCAGUUCAUCUGAGUCAGAGAUGACAAGCACUCCGGGCUCAAGCCAAGAAAGUGCAUCAGAGGACUCUGAUAAUAGUCCAGACUGGAACGAGCCAAUUAAAACAAAUGUUGGAACUAGCCUCAAUGAACAGGAUCUUGCAGAGAUGGCUGAGCAGUACAUGAAAGAAAUGAAAUCCAAAAAGAAAGCCAAGAGUCGGCGGCAGCCUCUUAGUAAACCACCACGACAUCAUCCGCUUUCUGUGGUAAAGGACUACAUUAGUGACGAAGAAAUGCCAGAUCUGUUGUCAGUCGAAGAUGACCCUAUGGAGUCAGAACCAUGGGCAAAGCCGCUUGCACACCUGUGGCAAAACCGGCCCCAGAACUUCCUUGCAGAACGAGAAUACAACUGCAUAGUGGCACAACAGAUACCUUACUGCUCAAUUUGUGCACUCUUCCAGUCAUACCAGGUAGAUUGUGAAGGUGGUCAGGGUUCCAGAAAUAAAAGCCAAUCUUUGGAUGUGAGCAAACCCAGAAACCAAAUGAAAAGCAAGCCAUUGGUUCCAGAGAUGUGCUUCACAUCUGGAAGUGACCAUGUAGACCUAACUCUUCCCACUUCUUAUGUCGAUGAAGAUGGAAUGAGCAUUCUUGUAACAUGCGCAAAGUGCUGUGUAUGUGUUCAUGCAAGCUGCUACGGAGUUGCUCCUGAGAAAGCGACAGAAGAUUGGAUCUGUGCAAGGUGUGCAGCUAAUGCUUUAGCAGCAGAUUGUUGUCUAUGUACCCUUCGGGGAGGAGCACUUCAGAAAACCACUGACAACAGAUGGGUACAUCUACUGUGUGCUGUUGCAGUGCAGGAAGUACGGUUUGUGAAUGUGGCUGAACGCGGCCCUGUGGAUGUCAGUCCGAUACCGCCACUACGCUGGAAACUGAAAUGCUUCUACUGUAAGAAAAGAAUGAAGAAGACUGGUGGUUGCUGUGUGCAAUGUUCCCAUGGCCGUUGUCCCACUUCCUUUCAUGCAACCUGCGCCCAAGCUGCUGGUGUGAUCAUGCAACCUGAUGACUGGCCGUUUGUAGUCUUUAUCACUUGUUGCAGGCACAAAACACCCAAUCAAGCAGAGCGUGCCAAAUUAGCUUUGAAUGACAUUGAAAUUGGGCAAAAAGUCAUCUCAAAGCACAAGAAUGGACGUUUUUAUCAGUGUGAGGUGGUAGGAUUGACUAAAGAAACAUUCUAUGAAGUGAAUUUUGAUGAUGGAUCCUUCAGUGACAAUUUGUAUCCAGAAGAUAUUGUGAGCCGGGACUGCCUUAGCUUGGGACCCCCUGCAGGGGGAGAGGUUGUACAAGUGCGAUGGACCGAUGGGCUGGUUUAUGGUGCCCAAUUUGUAGCGUCACAUGUUAUACAGCUCUAUCAGGUUGAAUUUGAAGAUGCAUCCCAACUAAUGGUGAAGAGAGAGGAUGUAUACACUCUUAAUGAGGAACUACCCAAAAAAGUAAAGUCCAGGCUGUCUGUCGCGUCUGACAUGCGAUUCACCGGAAUUUUUGCAGAAGAGGAGGUUGCCCCAGUGACAAAGCGACAGAGAGUUCUUAACUCCAGAUAUCGUGGGGACUAUGUUGAGCCAUCUCUCUACCGUGCAAUUAUGGAAUAAAAUUGCUAUCAUUACAGAAACAGUUCAGAACAUCACCUAUGGAAGCCAUUGUGACAAACUUUGGUUUUCCAACUUGGUUGUAUUGUAGAUACAUGAAAGCAGUUGAGGUGCAGCUGAAUUCUAACCCUUUUUAGUGACAAAACUACCAAGGGUACCUCAUUAUUCGCAACACACCCAUUGAACUUGAAUAUUGAAUAUCUUGGGAUUCAGCAAAGCUGUUUUCAAGCAUUCUUUGAUCUUGCUCCGGACUUUUGCAUUGUAAACGGCAAACUAAUCUGGAUCAAGGAAUGACUUUAAUGGAGUCUUCAGUGAGCUAGAAAUAGGAUUGCAAAAAACAUCUCUUUGGGUUAGAUUUCAACACUUACUUCCAUGUUCAGAAUAAAAAAUGCAUUUACGUUUUAAUACAUUUUAAUAUUGCUGGUCCCUCUUUGGUAAAUGUUAUUAACAUUUACAUUCAAUUAUCAGUUGAACCUAUUGCAUAUCUGGUCUAUUGAACAUAAAAGUACUAACUUUGAAGAUUGAUUGAUUGACGCAUGGCUGUUUAACCAUAGGCAUAGAAGCAUUCCCUCUGUAUAUAGGCUGUGAAGUUCUGGAAGUUGUGAAUGGUUUUCACCAUAUCCAGUCAUUAGCCCAAAACUAGGGCCAUCACCGGUGCUUGAGUUAAAACUCUUAUCUGUAUUUAUAGGGGAAGUCUUAAGACUAUAGUUUGGCUAAAAUGAUUAGACACAAGGUUUUUUAAAAGUUUCAUCCCAACAGCUCCAUAUUGUAGCUAUUUACUGAGUGUUCAUAAUGAAAGUAAACAGAAAAUUGACUUUGAAUGCAUAAGUAUUAAUGAAGUCGCAAAUGAUUUAUGAAUGUCCCUGCCCAAACCAAGAUCCCCAAGCCCCUAAAUGCACUUCUAAAGAUGUCUCCCAUCUCUGUGAACCUCAUGUACUGAUAGAUUUGUGUGCUGUUUUUACUUGUCACAAAUUAUAUUUGUUUAUUCAAUGAAUUAUUAAAUUUUAUUCCAAUAUUCUUGCAAACUUAAUUGUAGUGUAAAAUGCUCCUUUCAGUUACUUUAUUGGUUUGGUGUAGACUGUAGAAACAGACACUGUCUAAAUGCCACAAGAUUACUCGUUUGGAUUGAAACCAUGGUGCAACAUUGUAUGCAAAUAUUAAACCAGCAACCAUGGCUAUUAAUGGAAUGGCUCUUUUUGCAGUCUACUAUUUCUGGUAUUUAUUGGGUUAUAUCAAUGCUGUCUUUUUUUGAGAGAGUUGGUGGAACAAUAGAACUGAACAGGUUGUUAUCUUAAAAAUGUAGUAUAUUUAACUAUUAAAACUAGAAAGCCAGUUGUUCAGUGACUACAUUGUAUGUGUUCUUAAAGUCUUGUUGCCUCUAAAUUCUUCAGUAAGAAUCACUUUGUUCAGUCUGAGCUACUUUUUUUUUAAAUGAAAUGUAGUAAAUUUGAAAAUUAUUUUGAAUCUGUGAACAAAAAAGAAAAUUUAAUUAACAGUGGAAAAGAAAAUGAAAUAAAUCCAGAACCUCGUAUUUAUUGUUGCAGUUUGCAAGUAUGCAGGCAGUGGGACAGAAUGCCAAAAAUUGUUUUCUUAACAUUCAUUUGGAUACAAGAAACUAAUUUGAUACUAGCUUGUGUAUCUUAUAUUUCAAUUUUUUAAAAUUUUGUUGUUCGACCCCUGUUUAAAUAACCACAGUUUCCUGGAUGAUGCUUUCUUCAGUGAAGGAGUUCUAUAUCUCUAUAACUUGAUGGUUCUGCAACUAUGGAAGACUGUCUGUGCAACCCAUGUAAAAGUUGUGUGACCUGUUGAAAGAUGAGUAAUUUCUCAACAAAUUUAACAGCUCUUGAUGUGUUUUGAAAACUCGGCUCUUUGAUUCCAUGUUAUUUCCAUAAAAAAAAGUCUUAAUUUCUUUUGGAACAGUUUUGCACUCUCUACAUGCCUCCAUCCCCAGUCCUCAUCUUGAACAUGUUUUAAAUCAUUGUGUCUAAUCUAAAAGGCCCACAGUCUACACUACAACCACCUCAGGAGUCUGUACAGUAAUUGAUUGUAUUGAUCUAUGAAAAUGACUGUAUUAGUUCAAGCAAACAUGAAGUUUAAAUGGCUUGCUGUGAUUGUUUAGGCAAAUAAGAGACAUUGAAAUGAUUUGCAGUUAAUAAAUGUUUUUUGUCUUUGA